UCCACCUUCUAAUUCACAAUUGCACAUCUACACGGAAAAAAAUAAAAAAUUGAAACAUAAUUCUCUUAUUAUUUCCUUCUCAAAGUCUAACAACAACAAUUUAAUGGCGGAAACUAAAGUACAUGCAGGGAGCCCUGCUCUGUUUUCUCUUUACAAGAUGGGAAAAUUCGAUCUCUCUCACAGGGUGGUACUUGCUCCAUUGACGAGAUGCAGAGCAGUGAAUGGGAAUCCUGUGGAGGCGCACGCUUUGUACUAUUCCCAGAGAGCAACUCACGGUGGAUUUCUCAUCAGCGAAGCAACUAAUAUCUCUGAAACAGCAAAUGGGUAUCCAAAUCUUCCAGGGAUUUACACUGAAGAACAGGUGGUGGCAUGGAAGAAAGUUGUGGAUGCCGUUCAUGCAAAAGGCAGUGUCUUCUUUUGUCAACUUGGGCACGUAGGCCGUGCAUCUCAUCAAGUUUAUCAACCCGAUGGGGGUUUGCCCAUAUCGUCCACCAGCAAGCCCAUUUCAGAAAAGUGGGAUAUCCUUCUACCUGAUGGAACCCAUGAUGCAUACCACUCAACGCCUCGGGCUUUGGAAACCUAUGAAAUUUCACAAGUUGUGGAACACUUUCGUCAAUCUGCCAUAAAUGCUAUCCGUGCAGGUUUUGAUGGAGUUGAAAUCCAUGGGGCCCAUGGUUUCCUCAUCGACCAAUUCUUAAAAGAUGGUGUUAAUGACCGAGUAGAUGAAUAUGGAGGAUCACUCGAAAACCGUUGCAGACUGUUAAUGAAAGUGGUCGAAGCCGUAGUUGCGGUCAUUGGUGCUGAAAGAGUUAGUGUCAGAAUUUCACCAGCAACUGAAUUCAACGAUGCUACUGACUCUGAUCCACUGGGCCUGGGUUUGGCAGUGAUUGAGAGGCUUAACAAGCUCCAACUAAAGCUUGGCUCAAAACUUGCCAAUCUCCAUGUGACGCAGCCAAGAUUCAUAUUUUCUGUUGGCAACGAAGAGGAAGAAGCAAAGUUUAUGAGGACAUUGAGAAAUGCGUACAAGGGAACGUUCAUUGCUAGUGGCGGAUUUACUCGGGAGCUUGGAAUUAAAUCUGUAGAAGAAGGCGAGGCGGAUUUGAUAUCUUAUGGUCGUUUUUUUAUCUCGAAUCCAGACUUGGUUUUGCGAUUUAAGCUCAACGCUCCAUUGAAUAAGUAUGAUAGGAAGACCUUCUAUACCAAUGAUCCUGUUGUUGGUUACACAGAUUACCCUUUUCUCACCCAGGCAAGUGAUGAGAAUUAGAGGAAUAGCAUUUAUGCCGCUGAUACAUUCUUUCUAGUUAGAGACUAUAAUAAACUGGAUUACAAAACUAAAAGCAUACGUUCUGAUAGGAAAAAGAGUUGUUUAAUUAAUUUAUUGUUGUACGUAAUUAUUUUCCUUAGUUCUAAAUCAUACAGUGUGAUUGUAUUCAUUAUAUAGUGUGUUAUACAACAAAAUAAAAUAAAAUAGUUGCUAUUUGGUUUCCAAUACAA